UUUUGCUUAUUUUAUUUUCCUUCUCUUUCUAUUUUGUAUAAAUGGUUAAUCACUCAAUUGGAGUUGCACAUAGCAAGAUCACUUGUCAUCAUUUCAAAUAAUUGAUAGAUUGAUCACGAUGGCAGCAAAUACAGUUCCUGAAUUACUAGACGGAUUGAACUAUGCAAAUUGGAGUGUUUGUAUGAAGAAUUAUUUAUUGGCUAAUGACCUCUGGGACAUCGUUGAAGCAACUACUGAAGCUCCUAGUCCAGAAGAGGCUGAAGCUGAAUAUAAGGCUUGGAUAAAGAAGAAUGCUGCAGCUUUACAUGCUAUUCAAAUAUCAUGCAUGUCGCAUAUACUUUCCCAGAUUAAGGAAAUCGGUUCAGCAAGGAUUUGUUGGGAUUCUUUGGCUAAAAUGCAUGAGGUACAGUCACCAGGAGAUCAAAUACAGCCACAAGAAGUAGAACUGCCACCAGUGAAAGAGGAAUUGCAGCAGCAAGCAGCCGUCAAUCAAGGGACAGAGGGUCAUGUUUAUGUUCAAUUUCGUCCUUUACACAAAGCUAUAGAGAGCGGUGAUUUAAAUGCUGUGAGAGACUUUCUUCACUUCCAUCCAAAUGCAGUAAACAAAAAGCUUACAGAUUCUGGUAGGACAGCACUUCAUCUUGCCACUUUAACUGGAAAGUUGAAGAUGGUGGAGGAGUUGGUGGAGUUGUUGUCAGAAGAAGACUUACAAGUACUUGAUAACAAUCAUGAGACAGCUCUUAUGCUUGCUGCUGGUGUUGGAGCCACAAGAAUUGCAGAAUGCAUGAUAAAAAAGAACAGUAAGUUGGUUGCCGUCCCAGGAAAAGAUGAUCUCCCAGUCAUAGUGGCAUGUAACAACGGCCAUAAGGAUACAGCCAGAUAUCUAUACUCCAUCACUCCAUUUGAACUGCUGCUUCCAGAAAAUGGAAAAUAUGGAUCUUUGCUUCUUCAUGUGUCUAUUUUUAAUGAAAUGUUUGACAUUUCCCUAGAUCUUCUCCGGAGAUGCCCACACUUAUCUACUACACGAAACCAUCUGGGAACCACACCUCUGAUUGAACUCUCUGGUCUCUGCGACUUAUUCCCCAGUGGUCUCCGAUUUGUCUUUUGGAAACGAUGGAUCUAUUCUGGUAUUAAGGUGCAACUACCUGCUGCUCAACAUAGUGAUGUUCGAAUAACCAUUCCACAAAAUGACCACAAGCAUCAUGGAAGCAUUGUAAUACGAGCGCUAGGUCCAUUACGAAGACUAGGUUCAAAUUUACUUCAAUUUUUUGGGCUAAAGCAGAUUUAUGAUACAAAGUUGACCCACGCCUAUGCUCUCGAAAUUUUACAUUGGAUGUCUGAAGAUAUAUCAACUAUAGAUGACACCAAACUUGGGCAAAGUGGAGUAUUUGAUGCAUUCUUUAGAGCUAUCCAAUAUGGGAUCAUUGAAGUUGUUAUUGAGAUGCUUAAAGCCAAUCCCAAUCUUUUAACUGUUCUAAACACUAAUCGCAGAGGCAUCCUUCAGUCUGCUGUUCAACAUCGGCAAGAAAAAAUUUUCAGCCUUAUAUAUGUGCUUGACACAAGGAAGUACAUGCUGAUUUCUGGAAUUGAUGAGUGGAAAAAUAACAUCUUACACAUUGCAGCAACAUUAGCACCUCCUGAUCGACUUGCACACAUUUCAGGUGCAGUUCUGCAGAUGCAAAGAGAGCUACAGUGGUACAAGGAAGUGGAAAGUAUUGUGAAUCCGUUAUCUAAGGAAUAUACCAACAUCUUCAAUGAAAGGCCUAGCCAAAUAUUUUCUAAUACUCACAAGCAGUUGGUGAGUGAUGGAGAGAAAUGGAUGAAGGAGACUGCAACAUCUUGUACAGUUGUAGGUGCUCUUAUAAUUACCAUUAUGUUUACUGCAGCAUUUACUGUUCCUGGCGGUAAUGUUCAAGAUACAGGCUUUCCAAUAUUUUUACAAAGAAAGUCAUUUAUGCUUUUUAUAAUAUCCGAUGCAAUUUCACUCUUUGCUUCCUCUACAUCAGUAUUGAUGUUCUUAGGAGUCCUUACAUCACGCUAUGCGGAGGAUGACUUCAUCAAGUCCUUGCCCACAAAGUUAAUCAUUGGUCUUUCCACUCUUUUCAUUUCAAUUGCAGCCAUGAUGGUAGCAUUUUGUGCUACUCUUAUAAUAAUGUUGAAGGGAGAGAUGAAACUUGUAAUUCCAAUUACUCUAUUGGCUAGUAUUCCAGUCACCCUUUUCAUACUGUUGCAAUUUCCCCUGCUUGUUGAGAUAUUUGUAUCCACAUAUGGACCAGGCAUCUUUGAUAGGAAAAUGAAGUAUUGGUACUAAUCAUAUUUCACAAGGAAGUGAUAUACUCUUCAACUUUUGGUGUGUUAAAAAAGUAUAGUUGUUCAAAUACAAAUAUAUUUUGUUAUAUUACUUUGCUCCUAUCUGAUAGCUAUUCAUCAUUUGUUUCCAUCGGAACAAGUAUAAUACAUCUCUUGUAUUC